AUGUUUGCAUUCCCCACAGAGACCUUGGAGCACAUCUUUUCAUACCUUGGACAGGGAACACUCCGUUUCACAGUGUCCUUAGUCUGUCGCCACUGGUACCACGUUGCACAGGCUCAUAUCAGGAAAACAGUCUACAUUGCCGUUACACAACUUGAUUAUGGGCAUGGUCGUGGAGGCCCACCUAGAAAUUCGUUGCAGAGGAUGAAAAGACGGCGUGCCCUCAAACAACUUGGGUACGACUUGAGGGAAAAGUUAAUGUCAGCAUACACUCUUGUCUACAAUGCAAGCCUACUGUCAACGGCAAGCAGGAAGUUCCUGUUUCUAAAAGAGGAAGAGGAAGUUUGGACGGUCGUUGAAGAUGCCUUUACUGCGAUAACAUGGCCAUCGUCGGCCUCUCCUUCGAUAAGCAAUAGCAUUUCUAGUUAUGGAGUCAGUAACAGUCCUCUCAGGAUCCGUCAACUGAUCCUGGAUACAGGCCGGUGUGAAAGAGCCUGGUCAAGGUUGACGCCACUUCUCCAUUUUUUGGGCCAUAGGCUCACCAGCCUGCGAUUGGAAAAUAUACCCUUCAGGAGCAUUGUGCCUAUCCAUAGAAUCCUCGAUUCGUGUCCAAACCUCCAGGCUCUACGCAUUGCCUCGUUAAAACCAAAUAUAAGAGCACAGGCAUCAAAAUUGCAGGAGCAUCGUGAUCAUAACUUUGCUACCCUUGCUAAUCUUAGCUUACAUUCAGCCACCACUAACGCCACUUCUAUCAUCACCAUCAUCAAUCCCACUAUUGAAAAUGAGCGUCAGUGCCAAUUACAAUCUGCCACGUUCGAGAACUUAGGGCUAUCUCUGACAGCACUCGAAUCCUUUGUCCACAGGUGUCCCAACCUCAAUGAGCUUCGAAUUAUCUCUGCUCAGCCCAUAUAUACUACGAAAAAUGUUCCUAGCCAAAUCACGAAUUUUUUAUUUUACAAGACAGCAAGUGAUCAGUUCUUUCAUCGACUAUCCUCACCGCCACCACCAGUCUUGGAUCUAUCAUCAUCCUCAACACGACAGCCACCAAUUUAUCUGCCGAAACUCAAAAGUCUCUAUGUAUCUAUAUCCAGCAAUUCAAGGUCUUAUGUAAUGGAGGAGAUAGCUCCAAUCCCACAGUUCCCAAUGGUCGAGCGCUGGGGGUUUUCCACGAUGUCCAUGGAAAGAGGCCUUCCAUUUUCAGGUUCUAUAUUACUGGACCGUCACAUACGGCUCAACGCUUUGACAGCUGUCGAGAUCUCAAAAUACAGAACUAAUACUCUUGAUGAGCAGGCAAGUAAUCGGAUUAUAGAAUGGGUUCAUCAUCUGUUAUGUUCCAGCCCUCAAUUACAACAUUUCAAGAUGCCUGAAAUCCGAUGUCCUAUCCGAUUGUUCUACGUGACAAAAGACCUGAGGAUGAAGCUCAAUGACAAGGGUCAUUUGUCUGAAGAUGAGGCGCAUGAUUACCCUAUUCAACAAAAAGUAUGGGCCUGCCGUCAACUCAAGACGUUACAUAUGCUGUUUACGCCAAUAAUGAGUCGAGAUAAAGCUUUGGAUGAGAUGGCGCGCGUAGUUCUCGGUUAUCUCGUUCGUGCCUGUCCAGAACUAGAGGAUUUAUUGAUUCAUGAUGAGUAUUUCUUGAGAGAAUACCCUGAACAUGUGUGCUUAUUAUCAAGACUGAAGCGAUUGAAGUGGUUACAUUUGGGUGGUUUUACUUGUUUGCAGUUCGAUUGGAUCAAACGGUACUAUCAUUAUGAUUUAAGAGACCAAAUCAAGGUUCAGUGGGAGUAUGAUCAUUACAUAGGAUGUCCUUGCCCUUCUUCCUCUCAGAGAAUCAAAACGUCACUAAAACGGCUAUGGCGGGACCUACGAUUGCGCAACUCUUCAUUUGAUAGUAACGAUGCCAUCAGUAUGUCGGAACUACAUAUCCUUAGGGCUUUUGCUAAGGAGAAGGAGAGGGAGAAGGAGAAGGAGAAGGGGGAGAUUGGUAAGGGAGAGGUAAGAGAAGAGGACGGCACAAAGGCAAAUGAAAAAGAGAUAAAUGACGAUGAAAGAGAGGUAAUUGGCGGUGUGGACAUGACUCACCUAGGCAAGUUACAGGAUAUAGUUAACUAUUUUCAGGAUCGACGCUCAAGCAGAGAUGAGUGUUUAUGGCCUGACUUAGAGACCAUCACUUUCUACCUUGAUAGAUUCGCGGAUCAAAACACCAAAUCUGCCUUAUAUGAGCAUAUCAAGAAAUUCAGACCCGAAAUCAAGAUCAUAUUUCUUUCAGAUAGAAUGCUUCAUCAAACGUAUUUAACUGUAGAAUGA